AUGCCAAGAGCUCCAAACACUUACUCUAAGACUUACUCUACUCCAAAGAGACCAUACGAAUCUUCUCGUUUAGAUGCCGAAUUGAAGUUGGCUGGUGAAUACGGUCUAAAGAACAAGAGAGAAAUUUACAGAAUUUCUUUCCAAUUAUCUAAGAUUAGACGUGCUGCCAGAGACUUAUUAACCAGAGACGAAAAGGACCCAAAGAGAUUAUUCGAAGGUAAUGCUUUAAUCAGAAGAUUGGUUAGAGUUGGUGUCUUAUCUGAAGACAAGAAGAAGUUAGAUUAUGUUUUAGCUUUGAAGGUUGAAGAUUUCUUGGAAAGAAGAUUACAAACCCAAGUCUACAAGUUAGGUUUAGCUAAGUCUAUCCACCAUGCUAGAGUUUUGAUUACCCAAAGACACAUUGCUGUUGGUAAGCAAAUUGUCAAUAUCCCAUCUUUCAUGGUCAGAUUAGACUCUGAAAAGCACAUUGACUUUGCUUCCACUUCUCCAUUCGGUGGUGCCAGACCAGGUAGAGUUGCCAGAAAGAAUGCUGCUAAGCACUCUGAAGGCGCUGAAGAAGCCGACGAAGAAUAA